CCCCUAGCCCUCGUGCAGUUAAUUAAGAUUGUGAGAUCGACCCUAAGACCAUUUGGUGGGUAAAGUGACAAAGGGAGUGCACUUUAUGUCUUUCAGGGUUUUCUCUUAUUAAAGAAGAUGAGGCUGUAGCUCUGUCAGGGAGGAGAGUCCAUUAUUAUUAACUGCUGUCCUGGAAGGACUUCAUUAGGGAGUUGGAUAAAAACAGUAUAUUUAAGAUUCAGGAACAUUAAAAGCUCCCUGGCUUGUUUUGUAGGUGUGGCAACUGCCUCAAAGGGACCUCCGCUGUGGAACCACCUCACAUAGCAAAACUGAGCAGGGCAGGGGUUCAGUGAUUCUUACCUAUUAGAACUGGAUGAAUCACUGGCAGGCCAACCAGACCUGAGUUUUCCUGAAGUUCCGGCCAGCGAAUUGCAUCAAGGUUUCAGAUGACAGAGUUUGGCAUUGUGCCGUCAUCACAUGUCUCAAUGAGAUGUGUGCUGUGGUAAAUGUGUCCUGAAACCAAGGGCCAUCCUAUGGUCGGUUUAUUGUUUUAGGGUUUGGUGAUGAGAUGUUUCUAGUGUGCUGGAAUAGUGCCUGCGUCAACAGCUUGUCUGGAACCCAGGAUUGAAAUAAAGCCUUUCUUUGACUGCUGUUAGGCUUUGAAAUUAAUGGAUGUAGAAUAUAGUGUAAAAGCAGGUUUUGGAUUCUGGUUAAAGUACAUCUCUAUAAAACUUGAGAAAGGGGGUAGUGAAAACACUUUAUUAAUAAUGAUCUUGCUGAGUUGUACAGAACUAAGUGAAGGGAAUUUUUAGGCUGUCAUCUCCAUCUUUUUUUUUCUUAUAGUAAAUUCGUCGUCCAUCGGGGGCCCCCCCUCCCCAACUGCACCUGUCACUUAAGGGCAAUUUCUGUCUCCUGAAAUUAAAAUAAAGUUGUUUAUAGUUGAAAGCAUUAAAGUUAUCCCUCUCCACCUGUCUGAUUUCAGCAGCUGAUAGGAUUAAUACAGCUGCUAGAAAAGAAAAGGGAGGGGGGUCCCUGAGCUUGGGAAUGAGCUAUGUAAAAUCUUUGAACUACAAGGGACUUAAGGGAAAAGUUAAGGACUGCUCCCUAAAGAUCCUGUAAUUCAGUGCUAAAUGAAACUGUAGAGUAUCAUUGAACUACUUGAUUUUACAAAUGUGGAGAGUGAAAUUCAGAUGAGUUUAGAAUAAUCGUUUCAAGCUUCAAAAGUAAUGGCUCUUUGUUUCUGAAGCAGUUCUUCAACAGUGCUAUUAAACUGAUUCCUGAAGUUUGAGCUUGCACAGUAGGUUUGAUAAUAUCAAGGGAGUACCAGUGAUAAACACUGAGAAUUUUUUUAAUUAAUAUAAUUAAAUAAUUAGAGUGCACGAGAAAACUACCUCGGGGAAUUGGUUAUAGUGCCUAAACCAGUGGUCCUUAUCCCAUCUUGAGGUCCAGUCAGAGGAAAACAUUCUCAGUUUCAAAUUCUGAUGAUGUUUGAAAGCAUUUGCACUUUAAUCAUAAGACUUUGACCUUCCAACUCUCAGGAAAAACUGGUUGAGCUGCCUGUCCUUUCUGUGGUAGAAUACUCUUAGAAAAUUGUGUAUUUAAACGCUACCGGCUGUUUUGUUUUGUUUUAUUUUAAAUACUCCCUUCAAGGUGUUGAGCAUUUGUUGCAGUACUCCUGUGUUAUCUCCUAAAUAGUAAGCAUGGAUUUUUCUAUCCUGAAUAUCUUGCUUAGCUUUACUCUAGUGCCAAAUGUUGGUCUAUUUUGACAGAAUGACAUACUUACCCACACUAAGGGGUGGGGAUCCAAUGUAUUCUCUCCACUGCAGUUCCCUACUUCCAAAAUAGAACCACAGUCUGGUUUAACAAGUUGGGUUACAGUUUUAUAAUACAGCCCCUACCCUUGUGACUAAGCUGUCUCCCUGGCAGUCUAAUCCAUCUGAGAUUGAUGUCUGAAGCUAAUAUUACCUGGGAAGGUCUAUAGAGACUAUGGAGUACAACCCAUUUGUGAUUGGUUUUUUGUUUGUUUUGGAUAAGUAAACUGAGGCAUAGGGAGGCUGAGUGGCCUGCUUUAAUAGUUUAGUAUUAAAUUCUGAAGCGUUUCAACUUUAUGAAGAAUUGAAUUUUAAGAGUCAAGUUUUUCCUGAUCUAGUGGAAGCCUGAGCAUAUAAAGACUUGUGUGUGUGUUUUUUCUCAUUCAGCUCUGAUUCCUUAUUAUCAUCACCACUCACCACCUUCCUUGUUUCGGUUAUCAGUAUCUGUUUUAAUUUGUUCAUGGUCCUUGGGUGGACAGGGUGGAACAGCUGUUCUUCUGGUGGUGGUUCUGUGGUCUGUGGGAAAGACUUAGGGCUCAUUUGAGGAAGGAAGGGAGGGGUGUAUUCUUACUUUUGACUACUGAAGUAUGUUAUGGAAGGGUUGCUAUUAUCUGUCACCUUUGUCUAAUCCUAUGUGGUGACUUUCCUCAGAUUAAAAAUUCUGGUGUUUCUUAUGAAACAUGUUGUACCAAGUUGGGCUGCAUAACUCACCUUUAUUUUUUUCCUUCCCUUUCCUUCUUUAUUCCCUUUUUUGCUUUUCUCCUCCAGCUGUGCUUCCUGUGUCUCCAGCCUUGAAUGUCACUGCUGCCUUAGGGCAGCCUAUACCAACCCUUCCCCCUCCUUGCUCCCUGCCCCUGCAACAGUGCCCCCUGGCAACCCCUAACCAGCCUACCCCACUCCUUUCUCCCUCUACUAUUUCCUCAACCUCUUUUGAAGCUCCUUUUCCCCAGGCAUCCUCUGGGACAGCCCUGCCUUUGGGGGCUGCUCCUCCCCCCCCUGAUCCCCCAGCUUUCCUGCCAAACCUAAUAGGGCCUCCCAUCUCCCCAGCUGCCUUAGCUCUGGCCUCUCCCAUGAUAACUCCAACUCGGAAAGGUGUCCAUCCCUCUUCAGCUCCCUUGACUCUGGUGGCCUUGGCUCCCCACUCAGUUCAGAAGAGCUCUGCUGAUCCACCUAAGCCUAUUAGUUCACCUCCAGCUGUUGUGGCUGAGUCAUUGUCAGUGACACCUCAGUCAGCUCCCAUUGCUUCCUCAGAGCCAAAGACCUCUCCUAUUCAACCUCCCUCUCAAGUAGUCCCUAAUUCAAAAGUAGUCCCCAUCCCUCCAUAUAUAGCCAGUGCUGUUCCUUCCCAUCUGGUAACUCCCUUGGCCUCUUUUCAAUGUGAAGUAGCCUCAAGUGCUGAGGCACCACCCACCACUCCCCUAGCCAUCACUUCCCCUCAGGUCAAAGGCAUACCUAUUUCCUCAGCUCUGACUUCUCCACAAAAUUCUGUAAGCCUCAGCAUAAAAAGACCCCUUAGUCCACCCGCUGCCUUACCUCUUUUAAGCCAGUGUGUUCCUAAAGCUCCCAAUGUCCCCCCAGUUUUCCUCACUUCUCUGGGCUCUCAUCUUGUACCUUCUUUACAUCAGAGUUGUCUUGGUUCUUCUGCCCAACCUGUAGAUCAAGGAGAUUCUAUAGUGGAUACCAUUUCUGUAGAUCAUUCUUCCAUAGGGGCCUCUUACCCUUCUCAGCAAUCUGUAAUUCCUCCCCUUCCUUCCAGAAAUGAGGUGGUUCCUGCUGCUGUCGCUGCUUUUCCGGUGGCAGCUCCAACUUCCCCUCUGGCUCUGUCUGUUGACAAGGGACUCUCUACCAUCACUAGUGUAUCCUCCUGCAGCCCUUCUGGUUCCUCAAAUGCAGCUGUCUCUUCUCCCUUGUCUCCUACAGCCUCUCUCAUUCUGAAAGACUCUCCUAAUGCCACUAAUCAGCAGCCUUUGGUGGCACAGAUUCCUCCUGCUUCUCCAGGAAGUCCAAGCUUGAAAGAAGCUCCUGUUUAUUCUGUUGGAACCACCUCACUUGUGGUGACUAACCCCUCUACAAUUUUUGCAGCACCUACCACCUUUGAGGUAGUAAGUGCUACUUGCAUGUCUCCUCCGAUUUCAUCAGGUCUCAUAAGUAAUAAGAGCUCAGCUUCCCAUACUGCCUUGGCUAUGGCACCUGUGACUCCCAAGGAGCUUCCUACUCCUCAGGUAACAACCACUCUAGGGAUACCAGGCUCUCCUCCUCUUCCAGCCCCUGAGGACCCCAAAAGUCUCCCUCCUUCAGUAUUGGUCAAGUUCCCAACACAGAAAGGUCUCCAAACUGUACCUGCUUCUCCUGUAGGAGUCCCUCUUUCACCAGCCCAGGCAGGACUCCCUCCCAAGAAAGACCCUAUUGUACUACCAUUGACCAUGGCAGCCCCUCAAAAUCUUCCCUCUCCCCAAAGUACAUCAUCUUUUCUGGAGGCAUCUCUUUGUCCUGAAGCCACCUUAGCAAACAAAAGUCGAAUAGAGCCUCUGCCUGUAAGUGAGCCAGCUGUUGCUACUACCUCUCCUCUGGGUGUUGUUUCCCCAGCCUCUAUAAUCAAGACAGAUCCUUAUGCAAGCCCAGAUCCUGCUAGUCUGCUUCUCAAAGGUUCUCUUACUACCCCAACUAUAGCUACAUUUCCUUUGGAAAGUGCUGCCACUUCUGGGGUGACUCUUAAAACUGCCAUAGGAACCUCCACUCCUACAACUACAGCCAGCCCUUUAGAAGGAACUGUCUCUUUAGCUCCUAAAAGCUACCCAGCCAAGAAGGGUACUUCUACUCUUACAGCUUUACCUUUAGUUCCUCCCACCUCUGAAAGUUGCCCUGUGACUUCACCUAUGACUUUAUCCCCACAGAAUGUUUCUGUUUCUCCAGCUAAUGUGGCACUGGCUUCUGAAAUUUCCAAAUCAGAACCCUUUCCCUCUCUUCCCCCUGCUGGUACUGCUCAAGUUGCAAAGAGAGUUCAUAGUAUUUCUUAUACCUCAGCAUUGGCACCUGUGGCUUCCUCUCCUGACAGAUGCCCAACUGAGGACUCGGGUGCUUCUGUUGCUGCAUCUUCCAAAGGAACUUACCUAGCUGACUCCUCAUCUUUAGGGACUAGUGUGUCUUCUCAGACUGGAACACCUCCAGCCAAGAAGGUUUCAGCUACUUCUACUACCUUAACUCUUGCUCCUCCUGUUUCUAAAAGUGUACCUGCUAUCUCUGAUAUUCCUGCGAGAAAUCUCUCAUCUCCUGUUUCUCUAAUUGAAGCUUCCUUUCUUCCAGAGGCCAGUAUUUCUUUCCAAGCCCCUAAAGGAUCACUAGCCAAGAAGCAGUCCCCAACUCCUCUAUACCCCAAAGGGGCCCCCACUUCCCCAACUGCCGCCCCUCCCUCCCCCAAAGUGGUGCCAGCAGUCCCAUCCCCUAGAGAGACUCCUCCUCCAGCUGUGACUCCUUCCUCCCCCAAAGGAGCACCAGCUACCCCACCUCCCAAGAGGGCCUCCACUCCCUCAGCUAUGGCUCCUCCCUCCCCAAAAAGGGACCCUGCAACCUCAUCCCCUAAAGAGACCCCCAAGGCUCCAUCUAUGGCUCCCUCACCCAAAGGGGCCCCCACUCCCCCAGCUAUGUCCCUCCCUUCCCCGACAGGAGCCUUAGCAACUUCAUCCCUCAAAGAGUCCUCAGCUGCCCCACUAGCCAAAGGGACCUCAGCAACUCUGUCUCCCAAAGGGGCCCCAGCUACACUAUCCCCCAAAGAGUCUCCAGCAACCCCUACCCCCAAAGGGGCCCCAGCAGUUUCAUCCCCCAAAGGGGCCCCUACUUCUUCAGCUGUGGUUUCUCCUUCCUCCAAAGAGCCUUCAGCCUCCAAAGGAGCCUCAGAAAUACCAUCUCCCAAAAGAGCCCUAGCUACCCCAGCCUCCAAAGUGGCCCCAGCAACUCCAUCCCCCAAAGAGCCCUCAGCUGCACCAGCCCCCAAAGGGACCCCAGCAACUCCGGUCCCCAAAGAGCCCUCAGCUACCCCAGCCCCCAAAGGGGCCCCAGCAACUCCAGCCCCCAAAGAGCCCUCAGCUGCACCAGCCCCUAAAGGGGCCCCAGCAACUCCAGCUCCCAAAGAGCCCUCAGCUACCCCAGCCCCCAAAGGGGCCCCAGCUAAAACUCCAGCCCCCAAAGAGCCCUCAGCUACCCCAGCCCCCAAAGGGGCCCCAGCUAAAACUCCAGCCCCCAAAGAGCCCUCAGCUACCCCAGCCCCCAAAGAGGCCCCAGCUAAAACUCCAGGCCCCAAAGAGCCCUCAGCUACCCCAACCCCCAAAGGGGCCCCAGCAACUCCAGCCUCCAAAGAGCCCUCAGCUGCCCCAGCCCCCAAAGGGGCCCCUGCUAAAACUCCAGCCCCCAAAGGGGUCUCAGCUGCCCCAGCCCCCAAAGGGGCCCCAGCAACUCCAGCCCCCAAUGAGCCCUCAACUGCCCCAGCCCCCAAAGAGCUCUCAGCUACCCCACCCCCCAAAGCUACCCCAGACCCAAAAGGGGCUGCUCCUUCAUCUGUGACUCCUUUAACCCCCAAAGAGGUCCCAGCAACUCCAGCCCCCAAAGAGCCCUCAGCUGCCCCAGCCCCCAAAGGGGCCCCAGCUAAAACUCCAGCCCCCAAAGAGCCCUCAGCUACCCCAGCCCCCAAAGGGGCCCCAGCAACUCCAGCCUCCAAAGAGCCCUCAGCUGCCCCAGCCCCCAAAGGGGCCCCUGCUAAAACUCCAGCCCCCAAAGGGGUCUCAGCUGCCCCAGCCCCCAAAGGGGCCCCAGCAACUCCAGCCCCCAAUGAGCCCUCAACUGCCCCAGCCCCCAAAGAGCUCUCAGCUACCCCACCCCCCAAAGCUACCCCAGCCCCAAAAGGGGCUGCUCCUUCAUCUGUGACACCUUUAACCCCGAAAGGGGUCCCAGCGACUCCAGCCUCCAAAGAGCCCUCAGCUGCCCCAGCCCCCAGAGGGGCCCCAGCUAAAACUCCAGCCUCCAAAGAGCCUUCAGCUACCUCAGCCCCCAAAGAGGUCCCAGCAACCCCAGCCCCCAAAGAUCUCUCAGCUGCCCCAGCCCCCAAAGGGGCCCCAGCUAAAACUCCAGCCCCCCCCAAAGAGUCCUCAGCUACCCCAGCCCCCAAAGGGGUCCCAGCAACUCCAACCCCCAAAGGGGCCCCAGCUAAAACUCCAACCCCCAAAGAGCUCUCAGCUGCCCCAGCCCCCAAAGGGGCCCCAGCUAAAACUCCAGCCUCCAAAGAGCUGUCAGCUACCCCAGCCCCCAAAGGGGCUGCUCCUUCAUCUGUGACUCCUUUAACCCCCAAAGGGGUCCCAGCAACUCUAGCCCCCAAAGGGCCCUCAGCUACCCCAGCCCCCAAAGAGCCCCCAGCUAAAACUCCAUCCUCCAAAGAGCUCUCAGCUACCCCAGCCCUCAAAGGGGCCCCAGCUACCCCAGCCCCCAAAGGGGCUGCUCCUUCAGCUGUGACUCCUUUAUCCCCAAAAGGGGUCCCAGCAACUCCAGCCCCCAAAGAGCCCUCAGCUGCCCCAGCCCCCAAAGGGGCCCCAGCUAAAACUCCAGCCCCCAAAGAGCCCUCAGCUACCCCAGCCCCCAAAGGGGCCCCAGCUACCCCAGCCCCCAAAGGGGCUCCUCCUUCAGCUGUGACUCCAGCCCCCAAAGAGCCCUCAGCUGCCCCACCGCCCAAAGGGGUCCCAGCAACUCCAGCCCCCAAAGGGACCCCAGCUAAAACUCCAGCCCCCAAAGAGCCCUCAGCCACCCCAGCCCCCAAAGGGGCUCCUCCUUCAGCUGUGACUCCAGCCCCCAAAGAGCCCUCAGCUGCCCCAGCCCUCAAAGGGGUCCCAACAACUCCAGCCCCUAUAAGAGCCCCAGCUAAAACUCUGUCCCCCAAAGAGGCCCCUACUCCCUCAGCUGUGACUCCUUCAUCCCCCAAAGAACAUUCAGCUACCCCAACCCCCAAAAGAGCCCCAGCUAAAACUCCAUCCUCCAAAGAGCCCUCAGCUACCCCUUCAUCCAAAGGGACUCCUACUCCUUCAGCUGUGACUCCUAUAUCCCCAAAAGGGGCCCCUACUCCCUCAGCUGUGGUUUCUUCCUCCCCCAAAGGAGGCCCAGCAAUCCCAUCCCCCAAAGAUUCCCCUACUUCCCCAGUUCCGGUCACAUGUCCCUUGGGAUCCAUUGCCCAUCAGGCACCUAAGGGACUCCCAAUAAAGGAAGGUUCUACAGCUCUCAAAGCAGCACUUGUUGCCCCAGCUUCUGAAAGCACACCAGUCAUCACAGCUCCCAUUCAGGAAGGUCCACCAGCCAAGAAGAGUUUACCUCCUGUGUGCCCAGAUCCCUCAGCUAAGAAUGGUACUAAAGGACCCCUUUCUACAGUGGCUCCUCCAACCCUUCUACUGACCAGCUCCACUCAGAAAGGCACUUCUCCAAAGACCCCAAAUGCCCUCCCUAUUUCUCCCUUAAAGGGCAAAGAUUUUUUUCAUUCUCCAAAGGGUCCCUUGGCUCCUCCUCAUCCAAAGUCUGAGACAUCUACACCUCUAGCAACAGCUGCCUCUGAGAAGGGCCUUCCUAAAGCUGGAUCAGCAUCUGUCUCUCCAGCACCCACCCCAUCAGUCUCUCUGCCUGUUGCUUCCUCCCCAGUUCCCCCUCUGCUUCCUAAACAGCAACCUCUGCCGUCCUCACCUGGGCUGGUGCUGGAGUCAUCCUGUAAGCCCUCAGCCCCUGCUGAUGAGGAUGAGCUGCCGCCUCUGAUUCCCCCGGAACCAAUCUCGGGGGGAGUGCCUUUCCAGUCGGUCCUCGUCAACAUGCCCACCCCCAAACCUGCUGGGAUCCCUGCCCCAACCCCCUCUGCCAAGCAGCCUGUUCUGAAGAACAACAAGGGUAUUUGCCUUGGUUUGCCGUGUGCAUGGUGUGUCGCCCACACUCCUCCUGGGGCUACCCACCAAUACUAA